UUUGGAAAGGAGAAAGAUGGAAAGUGGUGCAGUUCUGCUGGAAUCCAAGUCCUCACCCCUAAAUCUUCUGCAUGAGAUGCAUGAGCUCCGCCUUCUGGGGCAUCUGUGUGACGUCACAGUUAGUGUGGAGUAUCAGGGUGUCCGGGAAGACUUCAUGGCCCAUAAAGCAGUGCUGGCGGCCACAAGCAAGUUUUUUAAGGAGAUGUUCCUUAAUGAGAAGAGUGUGGAUGGUACCAGGACUAAUGUCUAUUUAAAUGAAGUGCAAGUUGUUGACUUUGCUUCAUUUCUGGAGUUUGUCUACACUGCCAAGGUACAGGUAGAAGAAGAUCGGGUGCAGCGGAUGCUGGAAAUGGCUGAAAAGCUAAAGUGUUUGGACCUGUCAGAAACAUGCUUUCAGUUAAAGAAACAGAUGUUAGAAUCAGUCCUUUUGGAAUUGCAGAAUUUCUCUGAGUCUCAGGAGGCAGAGGUGACUAGUGGUUCCCAGGUCAGUGUUGCUCUGGGCUCCAAGACAAGUGCAGCUGCAGCUGGGGAUUGCGCUCAUUCCAACGGCCUUGUGGAUUCUGCAGAUUACCCAGUGGAGAGAAUCAGCAAUGACCUGCCUAGAGACCUGCCACCCAGGAAAACCAAGGAGAAACUAGACAAGAAAAAAGAUGUGGCUAAGCCUCCCUAUCCGAAAAUCAGAAGAGCUAGCGGCAGGCUGGCUGGAAGAAAAGUUUUUGUGGAGAUCCCUAAAAAGAAAUACACAAGAAGACUCCGAGAGCAGCAGAAAAGUGGGGAGGAUGAUGUGGGGGAUUAUAGCUGUCCCCAGGACCAAAGCCCAGACAAUGUGGGGGCAGAGAUGGAGCCAGUGGUAUCAAAGGAGGGUUGCAGCUCCGGUGUGGAGUUGGACAAGGUGCUGCACAAAGCAUCGGGGGAGGGGGAGGAAGGGGAGAAGAAGAAGGACAUCUUCCUGUGCGCCCGCUGCCAGAAGGCCUUCCAGUAUGAGAAGAGCUUCUUGAAGCACAUCAAGCACCACCACGGCGUGGCCACCAACGUGGUCUACUGCUGCGACACUUGUGGCCAGACCUUCGCCAACCGCUGCAACCUGAAGAGCCACCAGCGCCACGUGCACAGCAGCGAGCGCCACUUUCCCUGUGAGCUGUGCGGGAAGAAGUUCAAGCGCAAGAAGGACGUGAAGCGGCAUGUAGUGCAGGUGCACGAGGGUGGUGGCAAGCGGCACCACUGUGGCCAGUGCGGGAAGGGCCUGAGCUCCAAGACGGCCCUGCGGCUACACGAGCGGACGCACACGGGCGACAGGCCCUAUGGCUGCACCGGGUGCGGUGCCAAGUUCUCGCAGCCAUCUGCCCUCAAGACCCACAUGAGAAUUCAUACAGGGGAAAAACCCUUUGUCUGUGAUGAAUGUGGUGCAAGAUUCACUCAGAACCACAUGCUGAUUUCUCAUAAAAGGUCCCACACAGGUGAAAGACCUUUUAUGUGUGAAACAUGUGGCAAGAGUUUUGCUUCCAAGGAGUACUUAAAACAUCACAAUAGAAUCCAUACUGGAUCCAAACCCUUUAAAUGUGAAGUGUGUUUCAGGACUUUUGCCCAGCGGAAUUCCCUUUACCAACACAUUAAAGUUCACACAGGCGAACGACCCUACUGUUGUGACCAGUGCGGAAAGCAGUUCACCCAGCCCAGCGCCCUCCAGCGCCACCAUCGCAUUCAUACAGGAGAGAAGCCAUUCAUGUGCAAUGCAUGUGGACGGACAUUUACUGACAAGUCCACUCUCCGGAGGCACACCUCAAUACAUGAUAAGAAUAUUCCAUGGAAGUCUUUCCUUGUUAUUGUAGAUGGCUCACCCAAGAAUGAUGAAGGGCACAAGACAGAACAGCCUGAUGAAGAAUAUGCGUCACCCAAACUUUCGGAUAAAUUACUGUCUUUUGCAGAAAAUGGCCAUUUUCACAACCUGGCCACGGUGCAAGACAGCGUGCAUGAGAACAGUUCUGCAGACACCACCUGUAAGGGGGAUGACUCCCAGGACACUCUGCUUGCCACCACCAUCAGUGAGCUUAGUGAGCUGACUCCACAGACAGACUCAAUGCCAACACAGCUUCACUCUUUGACCAACAUGGAAUGAAAGCUUGCAGUUGUGUGCCAAGCUGUGCAAGACAGCUGUAUUGUAUGUGGCUCCAGGGGCUGAGAAAAAUACCUGUGUGCAGAGAUGUGGGCAAGAAUGGCCUCAACAGAUGUUCCUAAACUUCUACUUCCACUAACUUGCAUGACUUUUAUCAGACUACUUUUAAAACUUUCCCUUAAAAAAUUCUGACCUGCUUGGUCUCAGCUACACUUUAUCAGCAAACAAGCCAGUUAACUAAGCUCACUUACUCCUGGUGUAGACUGUAUGCAUUAAUCAUUUCUAAUGCCUGAUUCUCUUGAUGUUUUAAGCCACUGCUUGUCUUAACUGCAGAGUACAGAGCACUGACCCAGCUAGUGAAUUGCUGUUAAUGGUCUUCCCAGUCUCACCCUGCCUUAUACUUCCAUGUGUUUACUUUUUUGAUCCUUUUAAGGUAUUUUUCUACCAAGCUGAAAUAAAACUGGGUCCAUGUAUUUUCAGCUGUUUCUUCCUUGAGUUGAAUCUAAUCAGGUUUGUUCUGGGGACCUCUGGAUGGGACUGAAGAAAGAUGAUAGCAGUCAUUCCUCUCCAAUCCCCUAUUUGUAGGUAGUAAGAAAGGAAUGGCAAAUUGAACACUUUCAAAGCUUAGCGUAUCUCUGCUCACAGCACAUAUGCAGCUAGGGAGUUUGUCAUAAGACCAACUUUUGAAAUGAGAUGAGGCUGUUUGAUUUCAUUCCUAAAAAUGUGAUUAGGUAAAAAAAGCUGCCUACCAAAGAGUCUAGCAAAACAGUGUAGUAUUUUUUGCAAAGAUGAAGAGGCUUUAGAGUAUGUGAGUGGUCAUUUUAUUCACAAGUAGCAAAAUGAAGUGACUGGUGAAUCUUAGAAUACUGGUAUUUUUGCUAGGUUUUUCUCUCAAUUUCUCUAAUUUCCAGAAACUCACUUACUCUUUUCCACACUGAGAAGUUGAAACAGGAUGGCUGUUGCCACAAGACUGCUCUCUUGGGAGCAUGUAAGAAUCUAGAAAGGACCAGAAGCCUCGGCACAUGCAUCUCUUACUGUGCCUUAAUAAGUAGAUUAUAAAGAACCAGUAAUUUUGUCUUAAAUGUUCUUUUGGCUGUUUCACACUGGACUUAAUUUUUACUCAAGAAAAUUCAGAGUGACAAGAGGAUUCUGUUGUAUUUGCUAUUCCUGAUGUUUGGUUCCAGGCCCUUGGGUGUGUGGCCAUGUGCUGCUUGUCAAAUGCUUUGAUUCACAUGUAACCCUUAAACAUACUAAUUUUAGAAGUGUGCCUUAAAGGGAGGAUUCUUUGGUUUGCUAGUUGCUUUUCCCUCCUCCCCCCUGCCGUUUUUAAUUUAUUAAACUUGCUGUGAAAACAUUUUAAUUUUCUGAGAGGAAGUUACCUGUUCCUAAGUCCCAGGAUGAAGACAUGAUUGCACUAUGACAGAAACAGGGAAGACUUUCUUCCCCAGUGCCCAUUGGUCGUAACUUAGAAGACAUUUAACUAGUAAAGCCACCCAGUAUGAGGUGUUUCAGGCACCGAUGUUUCACAUCUGCUUUUGAAGGCAGAGACUGAAUUACUUCAAAUUCAGUUAUGACCUUGUCACUACAUCCUAAGUUGUACUUACAGAUAGCGACUGUCACAUGACCAUUUGAAUAUUGAUAGGAGAAUGAACCUGCCCAGCAGAUGUAGUUUUAUGGAAUAAAAGUCAUCUUGAUGAGAAGGAAUUUAAAUAGUAGAUUAUUUUGUUAUCUACAGAAGAAUUUUUGUUUUGAAAUAUGUUUCUUUAGAAGUUCCACAUGAAAUUGCUUAAUGUGUUAAUAAAUGUCUGCUUUAUGAAAGUAGUUUGUAAUUCUAAAUUUAUUUACAUUAUUAUAACUUAUGUUCUCUCAAAGUACUAUUCUUAAUUGGAACGUGCAUAAUGUGCUUAAUAGCAUAAAUAAUGAAAUUUAAAACCAGGGUAUGCAAGCCUUUACAGAGUGCACUCCAAGGGUUGAUUUACUUAACUAACUGCUCAGGCUUCACAGAGGUCUCUGGAGAGGGGAAACAUGGCCCCUGCUCACACAGCAGCCGGGGGCCAUGCUGAGAGGGUAUUUUAAGAGCAAGCCCACAUUCUUCCCAUCUCUUAACUGUAUCGCCAAAAGGUACCAGAUGACUAGCACAUACAUUCUCUUCCAGGGUGGGUAAAGCUGUCCACAGAGCAGAGAAGUCCAUGAACCCUGUAGAAGACCCAUUGCAAAGGACUUUGUGAGGUGUCCCCACUAUUUUUCCUGAUCUAGUCAGUACAGCUAUGCUGAAAGUGAGGCUACCUUGAAUGGGUCAUUCCCAAGCAUGUAAGGAUGGCACCUGGAUAUGGCAACACUGCUUCUCCCAGGGAAUCAAUAAAGGUCACCGAGGAGGUGGAUGGUGCCAUUCCAACUAUCUUUUGUUGUGACAUUGGCAUGGGCCAAACUCUAAAGGGCAUUGCAGACUUUGGUUGUUACCAAGUUUUUUCAUUGUACAGUUUUUAAAAAAAAUGGGUCAAGAAUUAAAGACCUUAUGUGAUUUUACUGUUGGUGACCACCCAAAUGAGUGUUAAGUUAUAAUCAAUUUUAACCUGUUAAAGGGUUGUACCUUGUCACACCAAGGAGUUCAGCCCUUGGGAACCAAAUGGAUGCUUGUCUAUAUAACCAAAUUCAAUGGUAUUCUUGCACUUGGAAAUACUAUCAUUGCAGUUAGGAGAGGGCACUCAUGCAAAGGGCCUUUGUUCACAUGCAACUGGACAGGAGUAGACAGGACUGAGGGCCAUCCACUGUGGUACCCUAGGCUUUGAUAGCCUUUUGCUAGGAAGCUGACUCUGAGAAAAGAUAUCUCAGUAAUUAGACCUUUAAUGGUCAACAGUUUCUCAGAAUCUCUAGAUUGGUAUGGUCUGUUCUACCAUUUAUUUAUUUAUUUUUAUUCAUUUAUUCAUAUGUGCAUACAUUAUUUUGACCAUUCAUUUUUUAAAAA